GUUGAUAAAAACAAAAUUACCUUGAAGAAUUUUUUGGCUUUGGGAAGAGCUGCUUCGGGAUUAAGAUUAUCCAAACACUUUGAACUUGAAGUACGACUGGAUUGAACUUGCCAAAACUAAAAUAGAGGAGUGGGGUACCCUCAUUCAGAAGUCAAACAUGAGUACCUCUAACUCAUCAACGGCAUCAUCAAGCCAGCCUUUCCCUGGAAUAACCAACUUCACACGUAUAACAUACUCCAUUCUCUCUAUCGUCGCUAUGAUAGGAAACACUCUGGUUAUUUUCGUCUUUGUCGAGAACAAGGAACUGCUCAGAAAAUCGUACAACAUAUUGAUUCUGUCCCUGGCCAUAUCCGACGUUAUGACCGCCUUACUUCUCAUCUCAAACCCAGCUUUUGUCCUUGGUAACGCGUUUCCUUAUCCAACCAAUCACGUCAUUGGCGACAUCUUCUGUCGAUUUAUAUGGAGUCGUGUGAUUCUAUUCCAGUUGGUGGUUUUCUCCGCGUACAUCUGUAUGGCUUUGGCGACAGAGCGCUGGUAUGCAGUAGUCAGGCCUUUGAGAUACAACCAGGCUUUCAGUAAGAAGCGGACCCUCGUUUACAUCUUCCUGGUGUGGCUAUGGUCGCUUCUCCUGCUAAGUACAACCCCAUUCGAAAUCGCUUACGUUCCUUCGAAUCCACCCAACCGCCGAUGCAAAUGGAAGUUUCUCUGGAGCCAAAACACAGCCCGUGUUGUUGUUGGAAUAAUCCAAAUCCUGUUUAAAAUGGUGCUUCCAAGUAUGUCCAUGUCGUGCCUGUUUAUUCACAUGGUUUACAAGGCAAGCAGGUCCAAAGUCGCCUCAGCUGAGAGCAAGGCCAAAUUACGCGGGAAAAUAACGCGCAUGGUAGGCGCCGCCUGCUUCAUGCUAAUCAUUUGUUUCGCGCCAAGUCAAACCAACUACGCUUUGGCAAUAAUUGGAAAAGUACGAAUGGAUACCAAAUUACAUCAUAUCCUUUCGCUUCUGGUAUUUGUCAGCAGCUGUGUGAAUCCGUUCAUUUAUGGGAUAAGCAACAAGAAUUAUCGCAGAGGCUACCUCAAAAUCCUGUUCUCAGUGUGUCCCAAAGCGAUUGCCAAGAAAAGGUUUCAAAACGGCAUAGAAGAUGAAAGAGGCGCUUCACGACAAACUUUCGAGUCCAGACUUUAAAGCUUCAGAAAGAAAUAUAACUCUAUUGAGGAAAGACUAAAACAAUGAAGAGUAAGCUGUAAGAGAAUAAUGUUAAGGAAAUUCCAUCUAUAUAUCGAAGACCGAAAAAAGAAGUCAUGCCUUAACAAAUUUGACUGUUUUUUUUUCUGACUAUCUACUGAAUGCCUAUGCUGCCGGCGGAAAAUUUGACUGCGAUCGAGUUAGUUUUAGGUUACAUCAAGGUUUCUUAGAAGCACGUAAACAUCUAUAAAAACUGAUUUUUUUAUUCAUGUCAUUUUCGUACUUUUAAAUAAUUUAGUAUUAGUCAGUCAGUCAGUCAGUAUGUCAGUCAACAAGUCAUUAGUUGGCCAGUUAGUUAGUCGGCUAGGAUUGAGGCUAAGCUACGUGGGAAAUGACGUGGAUUUUCAAUGCAGCUCUCUCUUUGGUCACUGGGUGCUUCGCGUCAAAUCAGAUCGACCAAGAGAUUCGCCAUAAGCAGCUUACGGUCUUUGGGAUCAACUUAGUAUCGGCCAGGCUGGGAAACACGACUGAAAAGCGAGCUGCACCAUAGAUUCUCUACUUCUGAGUUUGCUCACAGCUUCUGUCAAACUUGUUUAUGGGCUGAGAAACAGGAUGCGCAGAAACAGUUUGCUUCGAACCCUGAUUUAAACCUACUGCAAAGUCAGUGGAAUUAUUUGAAUUAAAAUGAUCGAAAAUAGUUGAAAAAUUCCUCCAAAGUCUAUCAUUGUUUAUCACAGGCUAUAGUAUGCAUGGACAGUUUGAAAAGGUUACACCUACCAAUGUACAAGAAUUAACUUGAAUAAGGGUGCACUUCGUAAUUUACGGGCAACUUUUGGGUGAAAAUUUAAGUGUUUCGGUCGUUUGACCAGCAGAAAUAGGUGCAGUUUAGAAAUCUGCCAAAACAUUACGAAUAACUAUAAUAAAAUAAUCCACGAGCAGUUCCUGGGGUUGUGUAUUCUCAAAGAAACCACGUAACGCUUCUUUGUGUGUCUAUGGUGCAGAUUCCUUAAAACACUUUUUCCAAAGUAUUGGAAAAAGUUCUUGUCCCCUUUUAAUCAUUCAUUUGAAUACAAUUAUCGUGGCAGACUGAUUUCGUGAGAAUGUGAAAUACAGGAAUCAAGUAUUUGGCGUAUUUAUACAUUUGUCACUGUCCAAUCAGGAGCGAAAAAAAAUUGUUGAGUUUAUGAUAAAUACGAAAGCAAUGAAUUUUUUAAGGAUUGCUAAAUAUGGUAAUGAAAGUUAAAGCUGAACAGUUCGACGACAAGUGUGGGAUAUCUUAUGUAAUUUAAUGGGUACAACUUAAUGUGAUGGUCAAGUUCUUCCGCAUUGUCAUCUGUUUGAG